CAGGCCGGGUACAAAGUCCAUCUUCUACGCACAACGAUCUCUGGCGUGGGGAGUUUGUGUUUCAAUUCAUUCUUUUAUCACUGUUGACGGUUCAAACAAAAAGGUGGAUUAAUUUUUCAUCUAGAGUAACAAACUAUCUUUUGAAUGCUGCAAAUAAAGUGAUCUAAAGGAGCAAGGGGUAAGCCGUUCGCAACCUGCCUAGGCCAUAUGCCGAUCUAGGCCUUUGGGAAGGUCUACCCGUUGAGUUUUGAUCUUCGCUGCUACCCUACUGAUAUUUGUUCCUUGUGAAGACUCUCCUGGUUGGUUUUUUGCUACCAUAUCCAGCUGGAGUUGGUCAAAAUUCUGAAGGAAGGACAACUUCCCACGCCAAGCUACUCGAAACUCACCCUGUCUUUGUUUGGUGAAAAUACUGUGUCAGAACCUCUUAAGCUUGGAAAAGUUACUGUACUCAUUCAAGUAUGGCGGAAGCAAGAGCUGCCAUCGCCGAACCACAUGUUAAAUUUCACGAAGAAGGAACAAGUAUUGUGGAACAAGAGGCAAGAGUUGCCAAGAGUCUUUUCUGCGAUCUCAAAUUAUGUGCUUUCCGCACCAGAAAGCAAAUCCAGAACGGUCUUUGGCCGACAUCAUGGAACAACCUCCUAAUCGCUUGGAUCGUAGCCUCCUGUGUGAUGUACAUCGACCAUCCAAAACUUAACAUGAUUAGCGUAUACAUGUGGAUGUUUGGCAACUUCAUGUACUUAGACGACAGCUAUCCCUACUUCUUGAGGUUGUUUGUAAUAUCGAUCAUUCUUUCUGUGAUAUACUUCAUUGUCCUGCUGUACACGAGGCAGUAUCUUCUGAGGAUCUUGUUGUCAUGGAAAGGCUGGCUAUACCAACCCCCCAGGUCACAGAGUCUUAUUACCAUUUUCUGGGGAUUGUUUGUGCGUCUUGUGAGCGGUAAGCACCCCCGUCUCUACAGCUAUCAAAAUAGCUUGCCAAGAAUGAAUGUUCCCCCCUUGAAGAACACAGUUCAGGGUUUUCUCAAGUCUGUCAAACCAUUGCUGGACGCUGAACAAUAUGCCAAAAUGGAAAAAGAUGCCAAGGAAUUCCUCGAAACGACUGGCCCAAAAUUGCAACGGAUUCUACACUUGAAAUCAUGGUGGGCCACCAAUUAUCAUACUGAUUGGUGGGAGAAGUACGUCUAUUUAAUGGGUCGUUCGCCAAUAACAAUUAACAGCAACUAUUACUGCCUCGACCAAAGCGGUUGGACUCCAAGUCGACUUCAAACUUCAAGGGCGGCCGGUAUUCUGUUUUUCCUUCUCGAAUUCAAACGUCAAAUCGAGACAGAGGAACUUGAGCCACUUGUAAUCAGAGACACGAUUCCGCUGUGCAUGUGGCAAUAUGAGAGGACCUUUGGCACAUCAAGAAUCCCAGGUGAAGAAAUCGAUGAAUUAAAACAUACCCACGGUUCAGAGCACAUCGUAGUAUUCUCAAAAGGCCAUUAUUACAAAAUGUACAUUGUUGAUGCCCAUGGUGUACCGCUGGGAAUUUUGGAUCUCGAGAGCCAAAUUGAGUGGAUCAAAAAAGAUUCAGAGCAAAUAAAACCAACGACUGACGCGGAACUGGAAAUCGCCGCUUUGACAUCAAGUGAAAGAACACACUGGGCCAAAGUUAGAAAGGAAUAUUUCGUGGAAGGAAGUAACAAGGAUUCUAUAGACACAAUUGAUGAAGCGCUGUUUGUGCUUAUCCUUGAAGACAAAGAGUUCUCGGACACAUCCGAACGUGCUAAAUAUCUUUUACACGGUGAUGGAAAGUCGGCCUGGUACGACAAGAGUUUCAACAUGAUUGUGUUUGAGGACGGCCGGGUCGGUGUUAAUGCGGAACAUAGCUGGGCGGAUGCACCCGUUAUCGGACAUAUGAUGGAAAGCAUAUUUACCCAAGAGUUUCUGUAUCGUGUAUACAACGACCAGGGCAGGUGCAAACCAUUUGGCGGUUACACUGAAAAGACCUUUAAAAGGUCAAAGGCCAAGAUAACACCAAUGAGAUUAUAUUGGGACAUAACACCACCUUUGACGAAAAUAAUCACAGACGCUAAAAUUUUCGCACUUAAGAAUAACAAAGAUUUGCAGAUCGUCGUUGUAAAUCACAGUGCAUUUGGAAAAGGAUUUAUCAAGACAUGCAAGAUGAGUCCAGAUGCUUUCAUUCAAAUCGCUAUGCAACUGGCCUAUUACAAAGAUUCCAAUGGAAAAUUUGCCCUUACUUACGAAUCUUGCAUGACAAGACUGUUUCUGCAUGGAAGAACUGAAACCAUCCGGGCCUUAUCUGGAGAAAUGAAAGACUUUAUUUUAUCUCUAGAAAACCCGGAAAUGGAUCGAGAGGAGAAAGGCAAACUCAUCCAAAAGGCGGCAAGAGUUCACCAGAAAUGCUACAGAGAUGGAAUGAGCGGCAAGGGCAUCGAUCGCCAUCUUUUUUCGCUACUAGUUGUGAGCCGAGGUCAAGGAUAUGAUAGCGCAUUCCUUCAGGACGCACUGACGUUGCCAUGGACACUGUCAACAAGUCAGCAACCACAACAACAAAUGAAUAGAGGAUUUGACAUUGGAAUUCCCGAAGUUAGAGAAACGAUUAGUCCAGGUGGCGGCUUUGGCCCUGUUGCGGAUGAUGGCUACGGCAUUUCAUACAUGGUACCUGACGACCGGAUAAUUUACUUCCAUAUUUCCUCGAAAGUCUCUUCGCUAAACACGAAUUCGGAGCGAUUUGCCAAGAAUUUGUUCGAAAGUCUGGCCGAGCUGAAAGCUUUGUUCACGAAAAAAUAAAGACGGUUACAGUUAAAAGGAAUGUUUGUUUUCGUAAAACGAUUGCUUGGUAUCCGUGUAUGGUUGGUUUCGAAGUUAUGAAACAAAUUGUUUAUUAUAAAAUAUAAUCGAAGGUUGUUAUAACGAAUGACUUGUGGAAUUUGAACCAUAAAUUUUCCCUCUGAAAUUUUGAAGAAAUAUCAACAGUUUCCUUGGUUUUCCAGCUUCUUUUCCGCGAAGUUAGCAGAGACGUGACAAAUUGUUUAUUCUUAAACAUUAUCAAAGAUUUAUUAUAUUAAAUAUCUUGUUGAAUUUGAAUCAUGAGCUUUCCCCCUGAAAUUUUGAAGAAAUCUCAACAGUUUCUUAGGCUUGCCAAUUUCUUUUCCGGGGGUUAGCGGAGACGUGGCAAUGCGCUCAUGUUGCUCCAAAGAGACUGUAGAAAUUGAAAUUGUUUACUUUGCUACGCAAUUUCCUUAAUUCAAAAUUAAGAUUGUGCUCCCCCGUCCCACCCGCACUUUUGACGGCUCUGCCCUGGUACUGCUCUCUAAUUUCGCAAAUUUUGACAACGUUUUGCCCUAGCUCUAAAUGAAACUCUGUUAAGGCCUAAAUAGAUACAUCUAGCAUUAUUUAAACCGUGUUAACCUUUUUUAUUUAGACGUUUUGACUGUUUGAAUAAAAUAGUUUCGUGUGCUGUUCUACUAACAUUUUUAUUUGAUAUGCUCCUUAAAGGAAGUGUGGUUGUAGCUCUUUCUAAACCAAUCAACAUACAAGUAGCUUAACCUGAACCAAUCAGAUUGCAGAACAGCUCAAUUCAUGUCAGCUUCUCGUCAGCAGUUCUAACGACCGUACAAACUACAGAAAUUUGGUCACGUUGCCUCUGAUAUAAGCUUUAAACCGGUUUCUACCAAGUUUUAAACCGGACAGAUUCCUGCGCUUAUAGAAACCUGGUCACUUGGGGGGUUUCGGGUCUUUAAACUGCACCCUUAGGGAAUGGUAUUUUGUCUUGAGACCAAAACUGAAUCCCUUUGUGAUUUAAUUUUGUUGUCUUGGAAUACCAGCGGGAUCAGUAUAGUACUUGAAACAGAAAAGCCAUGAAAUGAAUUCCUUCUAAAGCAUUUUCGUUACAGGUUGCCCCUUGACCCCAUACAUCAAAUAUUUUAAUGAAAACUCCAAUUGCAGAUCCUACCUAAAAAUUGUCAAAAGAAAACCCCCGUAUUUAUGCGUUACCGCAAAAGUGUCCUUGGAGAGCGCCCCCGGCUAUAUUACUUCCGGUUUAUGAUCUGCAGUGAACCACUAAAUGCCCCCCUCCAGUUCAAAACCCUUUCUCAGAACUCUUUAUCGACUCUUGUUAAUAUUAGUUUGGUUUGAAUUUUUGUAAAAGAAGAAAUCCGUUGACCAUUCUUCAGUUCAAAUGUGCGACGUUUGUCUAAACUUUCCGAAGUUUUAUAAAUUAUCUUUUGCUUAACUUUGUUUUAAGUUGAAAAGUUUUGAGAUUAAGGUGUUUUAAGUUAAAAUGUUUUAAUUUUCAGGUAAUUAAGGCCAUUUUAAAAAUUUGACCAGCGUCUUAGGCCAACUGAAAUGAAUAGUAAUGCCUCGUUUGAAAACACAAUUCAAGUCUCAUUUCCAUAUUAUUUCCAUGUUUCUGCCUUUGCACAGCCUAUGCAAGCACCAUCAAAUGACUAGAAAUUAAGCGUCCAUGAUCAAGUGCCCCCCCCCGAACCCCCACCCAAACCAUCCUCCCGAGCCCCCUUCGAACCCCUCUCCUGUACCCCUCUGAACCCCUCUCCUAAACCUUAUCCCGAGCCCCCUCCCCGACUGUACUCUAUAGCAACAUACCCAUGUUAUCCAACAGCACUGUUCCCUACUCUAUCGAUCCAUUGGCUCUCUCAAAUGGGACUGCCACCCCCCUGAAACACCCACCAAGUGUCCCCUAUCUGCAAUACAUUGCUUCUUUCCCUCAAUAUUAAAGUGUUGGGCGCGAAGCAAAAUAUUCCACGUAUUGGUCACUCUGCAGUUUUCCAAUUACCUUAAAAGUCGAUAUUUUCAUCCUUUUCCUCAUUCUACAAACUGGCCCCAUUAUCCCACCAAACCCAAGUAUUCCUUUUAACCCCACCCAAAUAUGUAUUUCUCUGAGUACUAAUUCACUCUUGACAAUAACCUACGAGAUUUCCACGAAAACAAAAGCAUUUCCAGGAAUUCUCAGAUUUCCAGGAAAGGAUUUCAACCAAAGGUAUACGAGAUUUUCGUGGAGUGAUUUGCCCCUCGCGUUUCUCCUGCACCCCCUUUUCAUAGCCAUAACUAUACCUACUGUAUAAUGUUAUUCCAUGUUUCAUGUUGGCCUUUCGACUCUUGAAGUGUUCCAUAACAAUGUUUUGUAAUUUGAUUUGUUAAUUGUUUAUCCCCGAAAGUUUUGAAAAGAUUUUAGGUUAAUGAAAUUGAGGUGUGAGAAAUCCCCUUGCAUUCUUUGUUGCGCCUCUUGUCUAUUCCUACGUUCUAUGCGAGAGACGCUUCUUCAAGAAACGACAAUUCUCCAACUCUACCCCGAACCGAUGUUAAAAAACACUAUAAAAAAUUAUCUAGGCCUAGGCCUGUGUAUGUACACGUAAUAUUAAAGGCCCUUGCGCAACCGGCAUGCUUUGCGAUUAUAAUUAAAAAAACCGGCCUAAUAUCGUACUGCAUAAAAAUACAAAACACAGCCAAUUUCUCAAGUCAACUGCCGCUA